GCUAAUGCGCAUAAAAAAACCCGCUUCCAUGCUGCAGUGCAGUGCACGCUAAUGCAUCGCAUGGCACUUUUUUAACAGUUUCUUCAGCGGCUAGAACCUAGAACUUUUCUUCUCCGAAAACAAGCCACCCUUGUUUCAAUUUUUUGGUUGAAUUUACUGUAAAUUCAAUUACAAAAAUGAAAUACAUCUUGGUGAGCGGCGGCGUGAUAAGUGGCGUUGGCAAAGGGGUGAUUUCCAGUUCCAUUGGGGCGAUUUUAAAAUGUUGCGGCAUAGAAGUGACGAUGAUCAAAAUCGACCCUUAUAUCAACUUGGAUGCUGGAACUUUUAGUCCUUAUGAACACGGAGAAGUAUAUGUUCUGGAUGAUGGAGGCGAAGUAGAUCUGGAUCUUGGAAACUAUGAAAGAUUUUUAAACAUAACAUUACACAGAGAAAAUAACAUUACUACUGGAAAGGUUUACCAAUCUGUUAUAUCCAAGGAAAGGCAUGGGGAUUAUUUGGGAAAGACUGUACAAGUUGUUCCCCACAUAACAGACGCAAUUCAAGAAUGGGUGGAAAAGGUAGCCCAAAUACCAGUUUCAGAAGGUGGAAAAACUCCAGAAGUAUGCAUCAUCGAAUUAGGAGGAAUCGUUGGAGAUAUUGAAAGUAUGGCCUUUGUUGAGGCUUUCAGACAAUUUCAAUUUAGGGUCAAGAGGGAAAAUUUCUGUGUUGCACAUGUUUCUUUGGUUCCACAGCCAAAAACAACAGGUGAAUCAAAAACGAAACCCACCCAAUCUUCAGUGAGGGAAUUGCGAGGUUUAGGUCUGUCCCCAGACAUAAUCGUUUGUAGGUCGGAAAGGCCAAUAGCAGAAAGUGUCAAAGAGAAAAUUUCCAGUUUCUGUCAUGUGGCUCCUCAACAAAUUAUCAGUGUACCAGAUUUGCACUCUGUCUAUGAAGUCCCAGUCUUUAUAGAAAACCAUGGAAUAGCAGAUUUUUUGUGUGAAAGACUUCAUCUGGGUGUCGCUCCUUUGCCUCCUAGGCGUAAAUAUAUGGCCGAAUGGAUUGAACUAGGAGACCGCAUAAGGCAUCUCAAAUACGAGGUUAUUGUAGCUAUUGUAGGCAAAUAUACAAGACUUGAAGAUUCGUACACUUCCAUAACAAAAGCCUUACAUCAUGCGGGCAAUAAAAUAGGCUAUAAAGUCGUUAUUAAAUUUAUUGAAGCUUCAAAUUUGGAAAACACAAUGUUAACUGAUGACCCUGCUUCUUAUCAUACAGCUUGGAGGGAACUUUGUUUAUGCGAUUGUGUUGUUGUGCCAGGUGGCUUUGGUAAACGCGGAGUGGAGGGCAAAAUUGAAGCUGUCAGGUGGUGCAGACUAAACGACAAACCUUUUUUGGGUAUUUGUCUUGGUUUCCAAGCUGCCGUGAUUGAAUUUGCAAGAAAUGAGCUGAAAUUAACUGAUGCACAUUCCAUUGAGGUUAAUGAGGACACAAAAUAUCCUGUUGUUAUUGACAUGCCAGAACAUAAUACAGGUGAAAUGGGUGGUACAAUGAGGCUGGGACAAAGAACUACUGUUUUUAAGACUUCAAGUAAUUCUAGUAAAAUAAGAAAAUUAUAUGGUGGCAAAGAAAAAAUUGAAGAACGUCACAGGCACCGAUACGAAGUUAACCCAGAGUAUAUUCAAAACCUUGAAAAACAUGGACUUAAAUUUGUGGGUGUUGAUGUGGACCAGCAAAGAAUGGAAAUCCUGGAACUAGACAACCACCCUUACUUUGUGGCAGUGCAAUUUCAUCCUGAAUAUUUGUCAAGGCCUGUUAACCCUUCGCCUCCUUUCAUAGGUUUGAUAUUGGCUGCCAAAGAUAGACUCAAAGGAUACUUAGCCAGAGGUUGUAAAUUGAGUCCCAGAGAACCGCAGAGUGAUUAUUAUGAUUCAGAAGAAGAAUUGCAUGACGUCAACGAACUGAGGGUAAAACAACUAAACAUUGGUGAAAAUGAAAAUGAUGACAACAGCAGUGCUUAUAGUAGCUCGAGUCAAUUCUAAGUUUAUUAGAAUAAGUCUGAACCAAUAUUUAGAUAAAACUGUCUUCCUUGUCUUUGCAAUUUAAAUGGGAUUUUUUUGCAUAUUUUUUUAGUGAUUUCAACAUGUGAUAUUGUUUGAAAAUAUUCAAUUAUGUAUAACUUUUGUUGUGGGGGGCUUAGAUCAGGAUGACAUAAUGCUAAAUUUUUCAUAUAGGUUUCAUGAUGUUCAUUGACAAAAAUCUAUGUAAGUUCAAUUAGGUUAAGCCAUAAAUUGUUAAUACAUUUUUGUAUUUUGUAUUCUCGACUUGACAGUUUCUGGUAGAUAGUAAUAACCUGUAGUUGGACUUGAAUAUUUAUGCAAUAUAAUGUUUCUUGUAAGGGA